UUACAGCGGACUUGGUUGUAACAUGUCAGACUGAGUCAGUCGACUAGGGGAGCGCCAGCCAGCAGGUCCUGACUGUUGGUGUGGAUAUGAGAGGAAGUCAGAUGUGUUAACGUGGUAGUCAGCCGGUGUACAGGCCACUGUACAACAGCAUCCAUCUGAGCGGGACUGCCCGACCGGCCCGGUGGCUGCUGUCGCUACCUAACUGGCUAGCUAGCUCGCUAACCUCCACCCGCUAACUUCACCAGUUUACGGCGGUUUAAGGGAGGAACAGCGUGGAGAAAGCGGGGCCUCCGGCAACUACGACUCGGUUUCCAGCUGCCCCGGAGAGCUUAACAUCCCGGUUUAUUUUCCGGAGCAACAUCCUGCUGAAAUGGACAACCUAAGUGAAGCCCUGGAGAAGCUGAAGCUAGCAUCUACAGACAGCGCCACUGACAGUGUGGAGAGCUGUCUGGACUGCCUGCUGAAAGCACUUGCCAGCAACAACACUGAGGCCAGUGUGAAGAUCCAGGAGAUGGGCAUUCUUCCCCUGCUCCCCACCCUGCUAAACCCUCAGUCCUCCUGCACCCCUAAAGUAGCCAACAUCAUAGCUGAGGUGGCCAAAAAUGAGUUCAUGCGGAGUCCCUGUGUCGAAGCCGGCCUCAUUCCUCCUCUAAUUCAGCUGUUAAACUCCACCGACCAGGAGGUUUUACUGCAGACCGGCCGAGCUCUUGGCAACAUCUGUUAUGACAGCCAUGAGGGCAGGAGUGCAGUUGACCUGGCAGGAGGGGCUCAGAUAGUAGCUGAACACAUAAAAUCCCUCUCCCAAAAUACUGAGCCGGAAAAUGAGAAGCUCUUGACUGUCUUUUGUGGCAUGCUGAUGAACUAUAGCAAUGAUAAUGAUUCCUUACAAGCUCAGCUGAUCAAUAUGGGUGUGAUUCCUACUCUGGUAAAGCUUCUGGGCAUCCAUUCCCACAACACAGCCCUGACAGAAAUGUGUCUAAUUGCCUUUGGGAAUUUGGCUGAGCUUGAGUCCAGCAAAGAGCAGUUUGCCUCCACCAAUAUAGCUGAGGAGCUGGUGCGUCUGUUCCAGAAGCAGACAGAGCAUGAGAAGAAGGAAAUGAUUUUUGAGGUUCUGGCUCCCCUUGCAGAAAAUGAUGUGAUAAAGCUCCAGCUGGUGGAGGCGGGCUUGGUGGAGUGUCUCCUGGAAGUGGUGGCUCAGACUGUGGACGGAGAGAGGGAGGAGGACAUUGCCCAGCUCAAGACUGCCUCAGACCUCAUGGUUCUACUCCUGCUGGGAGAUGAGUCCAUGCAGAAGCUGUUUGAGGGAGGAAAAGGCAGCGUCUUCCAGAGGGUCCUGUCCUGGAUACCAUCUCAUAACCAUCAGCUGCAGCUUGCUGGGGCUCUGGCCAUAGCUAACUUUGCUCGCAAUGAUGGGAAUUGCAUCCACAUGGUGGACACUGGUAUUGUGCAAAAGCUUUUGGAGCUGUUGGAUCGGCACGUUGAGGAAGGCAACGUCACUGUCCAGCAUGCAGCACUGAGCGCCCUGCGGAACCUGGCCAUACCUGUGGUAAACAAAUCCAAGAUGCUGUCCGCUGGAGUAGCAGACGUGGUGUUGAAGUUUCUGCAAUCAGAGAUGCCUCCAGUCCAGUUUAAACUCCUGGGGACGUUACGUAUGCUCAUCGACACACAGGCUGAAGCUGCAGACCAGCUGGGAACCAAUGGGAAACUGGUGGAGAGGCUAGUGGAGUGGUGUGAAGCCAAAGAUCACGCGGGAGUGAUGGGCGAGUCCAACAGGCUCCUGUCGGCCCUCAUUCGACACAGCAAGUCCAAGGAAGUCGUCAGAACUGUCAUCCAGGGAGGAGGAGUCAAGCACUUAGUUACCAUGGCAACUAGUGAGCACAUGAUUAUGCAGAAUGAAGCACUGGUGGCUCUGGGUCUCAUAGCAGCGCUGGAUUUAGUUGCAGCUGAGAAGGACUUUGUUGGAGCCAACCUAGUGUCAGUGCUUCACAAGCUGCUGUCAGACGAGAGGAGCGCACCAGAGAUCAAGUACAACUCUAUGAUCCUCAUCUGUGCAGUCAUGGGCUCAGAGCCUCUCCACAAAGAGGUCCAGAGCCUGGCGUUCAUUGACGUGGUGUCCAAGCUGAGGGCCCACGAAAACAAAACGGUAUCACACCAGGCAUCGCUCACAGAGCAGCGAUUAACUGCCCAGAGCUAAAUGACUGUGUCCAACCCCACCCACACCCAUCCACCCAAAAUGCCUGCCUGACCACGUGAUCACCCAAUGACACCUCAUGACUGCUCUCCCCUGUGCCCCAUCGUCAUGUGCCAAGGUACAAUGUCGCGUUAACUGCCAGCCAGACAUAGUCAUGUCUCUACCCCGACGCUCCAACCCACCCCGCCCACCUCCGCUAGGGUUAGACUGAUGUCGUUUUAGAGCGCCAAUACUCUGUGCUUAUAUAAAAAUCAUAAAAUCUGAGCAUUUUCUAAUAUCAUUUAUAUUUUCAAUCACUGGGAUUGAAUCCUUGUUAGGAUGAAAAAAGCCUCUGAAACUGUUUUUAGACUUCUGUGGGACACCAAAACUCUCCUCUGAAAGCCAUAAUAAUGACAUUUAUUUAGGUGGGUGUCAGGUCCUGAUGGCAGGAAGAGGCACAUUUCAUUUCAGACUUUACAAACCAACACCCCUUAAAUGGUCAGUGGAGUGAUUUGUCUCAAGGUGGACACCAUAUAUAAACUGAUACAUCAGUCUAACCCUGGUCCCCACCUCUACUUGUGCAUGCAUCUUCUGCUACAAGUAUCUCCACAGACAGGAGCUGAGGCACCAUAAACAGCCUAACGCAAUAGAUAAGAGACGACACUCUUUUAUGACCAUAGCUGUGAUACCAUCCGCCGGUAGCCCACCAGUGAAAAAUGUGCACAAAAGAACAAAAAAAAUUCCUGUCGUGAUUUUUCUUUCAUUUUUAAGAAAAGCAGCCAUCCAUGAUGUGCCCAGUCGUGUCCCAUGUAGCUCGAGUAUAAAUUGACUAGAAACUGUGCAUGUUUUAGUCCUGUUGAAGGUGUGACAGUGUUCAUUUUACCUCUCUACCACUCGCAUAGUCCAAAGUACAACCUGCCCUCCUCCACUGACACCUCCAGUCUUGUACACUCUUUUUUUUGUUCUUUGAGAGUUGGAUCCAAGGAUUUUAUCAGAUUUUUAAUUCCACAGAUGUCCAAACACAUUCCCUCCACUCCAACAGCUGUACAGUGAAGUUAGAGGCUCCUCAAGUCUCCACCCCAUUGCUGAGAAAGAAUUAUGUCAGAAGCAGGUGAUGCAAACAUGGUGGAGAACAGGGCUGAGACAAGUCUACCUUUGUUAGCCUACUCCAAGAGUACAGCCAAGUUGAAGUCACGACCAGAAUUAAGAAUUGAUGGUGUAUCUAUCCAAAUGGAAAUAUAAUGCAAAGCUUAAAGAGUUAAAUCAUCGACUUUUUUAAGGAGCUCUCUCAGUGCAGACUAGGGAUGUCAACGGUUAAUCGUUAACUGGCGAGAAUAUUUUUGGCUGGUCAUGCAUGUGGAUCUAUAGGAUAAGGCCUCUGCUAUUCAGUUUACUGCAGUGCGCAUCACCUGGGUCUGGCGGGAGCUAAAGUAACCAAGGGGUGCUACUUAUUUGGGAACUGCUGCAAAUGAAGGCCGACCAAACAGCUGCUGUGGAAACACUGGGCCCACCCUCCUGGUCUUCCCAUAGGUCACCCCAGUUUAGUAAGCAGCUCAGUUAUGAGGUGCUGUGCCCAGGUGGUGUUUACAGUAGAGUGAGCAUGGCCUAAGGUUAGGUAACCAGUGGAGCAUGGUAAUAUGGAAGAAAAAAAAUGCUAACAUGGAAAAUGAAAUUAAAGCAAUUAACAUCACAAAACAUUCAAAUUUCACCUUCUGUAAAUGGAUAGCACUUUGAAAUGUGGUGCUGAAGCUCACUGAGUGAAUGAAGUGCUGGACUAAAAGGAAAGGCCGCAUGUAUUUUACGUCUUUAGCUUUAUUUUUUCAUAGAAGUUAACCAUUUGGUUACUGGUUAAUAGGUGUCGGGCUAUCAAAAGCAAAAUGAACCGAAACUGACAUCCCUAGUCCUGUCCUAGCACUGUCAUACUACGUAUCACAGUCUCACAUUGCCGUCUCCCCAAAGCUGGACAUUUCAGUCACUGAGCAGCUCAUUAAAAUAUUUACAAGAAAAUGUUGUAAACUCAUAAAUCUUCUUGGUGACCCAUAAGGUGAGAAAAACAACAUCAGGUAGGUGCAGACUAACAUUUUUUUUUUAAAUUUAGUCUGAACAAGUAUCUCUUCCAUUAAAGUCAAUACAAACUAUGAAAGAUCAAAGAUGGUGCAGGAUGUCUUUUCCACAGAAUCUUUGGUUUCACAUGGUGGGUAUUGACUUGAAUUACAAAGACCUUUGUAGGCCAGGCUAAAUUGUGUUACUUCGCAUCCACCUUCCAGUUUUUCCCCCAUCUUAUAGGUUACUAAGAAGAUUUCCAAUCUAACAUCAACCCAAUCAAUGCAUGGUAGUUGGCCUAGUAAGACUGACACUUUGCGUACCCAGAUUUCUACAGAUCAAAUAUUGUUUGUAGCACUGUGGAAGAAAAAAAAUAUCAAAAAAAUAUCAAUAGGAGAUCAUUUUUAAUAUUUUUGGUACGGUAAAGUAUCAUAUGAAAAGCAGCCAAGAAUAAGAUAAGUUAAAGUCAAAGUAGUUGUGAGUCUUAGGGCUCAUUUAUGCUCAAUGUUAGAUCCGGAGACAAAUGGAGCCUUAUGUCUGUACUCUAAGUUGAUUUCGUCCAUAUUUGUGCAUGUUUUCUGAAACUUACGGAUACAGAUGAAACGGAGCAGUACCACUGAAGAUCGUGGAGGCAGUGUAGCGUAGUUCAAGCAAGAUCUGACUGUAGGAGACAAUAAAGACAUUAAAAUAAUGGUGGAAUGGAACAAAUCGGUUAUAUAGUUAAAAGUAUCCUACGUUCAUGUGUCGGGAUGUAUAUAUACUAGCAGCACAGACCACCGCCGUCUACAACACUGCCUCUGUUUAAAGGUACAAUAUUACAACCUCCUCCUCUGUUGCCUUGUUUGUUGUUGUGUAAAACUUUUGAACCUGCCCCCUAGUGCCAUCUAUUGGCUGUAUCUAUGCCAACAUAAAGUAUGAGGGCAGGAAAGUUUACAAUGUCUGAAACGGACCUAUCCAUUUUCGUACAUAAAGGGAGUAUAAAUGAGCCUUAAGAACUGAGAAAGUAGACUUGAGUACUACAGCGUAAUUUCAAUAUUUACUCUGAUGCUACUGUCAAAACACACACUAGUGCCCCCCAAAAAAAUGACAAAAUCAGGGCACUGUUGUGCGCUGUAAGAAAACCAGGGAGUGUAGUUCUUCAGUAUAACAUAAGCAGCCACCAUUCCUACGUAUGUGUACAGUUUGUUUGUAUGUGUGUGUAGCGGAGCAAAGUUUUGAGAUGUUGUGAGAACAGGUAACUGAAUGCAGACACACAGAUGUCACUGUAUUUGUGCUGUUUAAACCCUCGACCAGCGGCACAGCAGCAACACGACAGGUCUCUGUUUAUGAAUGACAGUUGGUUCCUCUAGUCAAAGGGAUUUCUGCUAACAUGCACAUGUCAGCAUGUCCGACACUGUACCGACACUCUGUUAACAUGCCACGGUGUGUUUCCUGGUCUGGGCCCACACUUAUGUUUUUUUAAAGGUAUGAAUGGUUAUUUAUCAGAUUUGUGAUCUUCUAAAGACACAUGCCUGUGGAGAUGUAUCCAUAGUAACUACGUAAAAUACUAUAAACUUAAGUGUUUGUUGUAAAUGUCAUGAGUUGUACAUUUGGAGGAUUGUAACCCAGCAGAUAAUUAAAGAUGAUAGCUGGU